AUGUCGCCCGUUGACGAAUGGCAACGAGCGAGUGUCGGUCCUGGCGGACUUGAGCUCCCGACGCCCUCCUCCCUUUUCUCCCGUCCCAACCCUGCGCGCGCCAACCACCCUGUGGUCGAGCUCGAUACGCGUCUUGGUGCGCUCCCUGCGUCGUCAUAUCCAUCCAAUAUCCUGACCAACACAAGUGCCCAGUCGAUCAGUAAGACGUCAUGA